GCUAUUUCCGCUUUAAUUGAUAGAAUUCCCAAUGAAGAUAGUCUGUCUUGGCUCAUCAUACUUCUCAACUAGGUCUUAAUCAAUUUUAACUGGAACUGUGAGCAUGACUCUGAUUACUACAUAAACAUUCGGAUAUACUUCCUCUAUACUAUUUUCUUUAAUAUACCAGACGAGUUCAUCUCAACUAGAUCUUAAUCAAUUUUAACUGGAACUGUGAGCAUGACUCUGAUUACUAUAUAAACAUUCGGAUAUACUUCCUCUAUACUAUUUUCUUUAAUAUACCAGACGAGUUCUUCUCAACUAGGUCUUAAUCAAUUUGAACUGGAACUAUGAGCAUGACUCUGAUUACAAUAUAAACAUUCGGAUAUACUUUCUCUAAAUUAUUUUCUUUAAUAUACCAAACGAGUUCUUUCGAGUAAUGACAAUUAUAAUAAUUAUUGUAAUGGGGUUUCAGCAGUCCUUAGAAAUCCAGUUGGAUUUACAAAUAAUUUACAUUUACAUUUGUAAAGAUAAAACUUUAACUGCAAACAUGAACGAUGAUUAGUCGGUUGAUUUAACUCUUUGUAUUAUAACUUAAACUCAGCCGUCGUUGGCACUAUAACAACGAUUAGGUUGCCAGUAAUCUCAAGAAGUUAGAAUGCAUUUAGACUGAAUACCGCAUUGCGAUAGAUUAUUGCAGUUAUUAGUAGCUACUAUGCGCACACCACAAUCUAGCGGGAAAAUAAAAAAUUAUUUAAAUUAAUAUUUAAAAAUAUUUUUUAAAUAAAUAAAUAUUCUCUCGCCGCAAACAAGAGCAGUAAAUUUAUGAAAGUAAUUUUGUUCACUGCAUUUUUAUAAAUGCAAAUAUCUCAAUAAUUGAAUUUGAACCCUUAGCUAACCAAGGAAAUGAGAUGCUGAUUAUAGAGAGUCAGAAUCACUCGUAUUUGUUUAGAAAAAGUACCACAAUAUGUAAACAUAGAUAACACUCUCUCCUAAAAAAAAUUGAGUUUUGAGAUAAGGCAAACAUAGUUUUUUUCUUAUAGCAAGCAUUCACAUAGAAAAAUAAUUUAGUUAUUAUAGAAAUUUUCUACAAGAAAGACGCACUAGAAGAACAAAAAAGCGAUUUAUACAACUGAAAUAAUGAGAAAUUGUUAUCAGUUUGUUUUAAGUGUACUCAUAUUAUGCUCUGUUACCACGGAGAUAUUAUGUUUGGCACGUGUGGAUAACUGGGGCUCACAGAGCCGUCCUAAUGCAACUCAACCUCAGUGGAAUGCUUAUAAUCCACAUAACGCUCCAACUCCAAAUCCUAUUCCAGGUUGGCAACUAAAAGGUAAUAAUUUUAAUGGUAGCAGUAAUACUUUUCAACAAAACUGGCCAAAUUUACAUACAUUGAACGCAACAAGACCUCCCGUUCGACCCACGCCUUGGCAAAAUCAAUACAACAAUACCAGACAUAAUUACGGACCCGCCUGGUCUAAUUCAAAUUCGUCACAACGCUUACCAAAUAAUACUUGGAGUGGUAACAAUCACGGACAAAACAGCUGGCAUAGUCCAAACAAUACAAGAGGCCCUAAUAAUUUUGGACAAAACUGGCCAAAUCCAUCGCAACGUCCACCAAAUAAUACUUGGAGUGGCAAUAAUUUUGGUCAAAACAGCUGGCAAAAAACAAACAAUACAAGAGGUCCUAAUAGUUUCGGUCAAAACUGGCCAAAUGCAUCACAACGUCCAUCAAAUAACACUUGGAGCGGACAAAAUGGCUGGCAAAAUCCAAACAAUACGAGAGGGCCUAAUAGUUUCGGUCAGAAUUGGCCAAAUCCAUCACAACGUCCAUCAAAUAAUACUUGGAGUGGCAAUAAUUUUGGUCAAAACAGCUGGCAAAAUGCAAACAAUACGAGAGGGUCUAAUAAUUUCGGUCAAAACUGGCCAAAUCCAUCACAGCGUCCAUCAAAUAAUACCUGGAGCGGUAAUAAUUUUGGUCAAAAUAAUUGGCAGAAUACAAACAACACGAGAGGACCUAAUAAUUUCGGUCAGAACUGGCCAAAUCCAUCGCAACGUCCACCAAACAAUACGUGGAGCGGUAAUAAUUUUGGUCAAAAUAGCUGGCAGAAUACAAAUAAUACACGAGGGCCAAAUAGUUUCGGUCAGAACUGGCCGAAUCCAUCACAAGGUCCUUUGAAUAACACAUGGGGUGGCAACAGUCAUGGACAAAAUAAUUGGCAAAACCCAUCCAAUCCACUUAACCAUACACGGGGUGGUAAUAGUUUUCCACAAAAUAAUUGGUUAAAUCCAACACAACGUCCACUUAACAAUACAUGGGGUGGUAAUAAUUUCCCACAAGGUAAUUGGCAGAACCCAUCACAACGCCCACAAAAUAAUACCUUGCCUUCAUGGGAUAAACAAUCCGGCAAUGACAACGGAAUUAAAGGUCAGGGAAACUCUGUACCUCUGGCACCAAUUGGAGGCGUAAAUGGUUGGAAUCCUGGAAGUAGUUCAGUGAACAAUGGCAAUGCAGGUGUUCCUUUGGCACCAAUUGGAGGCGUAAAUGGUUGGAAUCCUGGAAGUAGUUCAGUAAAUAAUGGUAAUGCAGGUGCUCCUUUGGCACCAAUUGGAGGCGUAAAUGGUUGGAAUUCUGGAAGUAAUUCAAUAAACAAUGGUAAUGCAGGUGCUCCUUUGGCACCACUCAAUGGUGGUACUGGAAAUCCAUCAGCUUUAAGUUAUGGAAACGGUCAGCCGAAUAAACAAAACCCUGGUAGCAACACAAAUCCUUAUAUAAACAUUUUCAAUUGAUUUUUAAACAUUUUAAAAUUAAAUAUGGUAUAUAUAAUUUGUUUACAAUUUAAAUAAAUUAAGGUGUCACUUGAAUUAUAUCUCUACAUAUACAAUUGUUAAGCACCUACAUUUAAAUAAA